AUGCAUGGUACAGAAAGCGAUUAUGAUUUAAGGGAUGUCUACAACUCGUUUGCUAGUGAUUGGUGGAUAAGAGAAAAAAAGUGGUUUAUGACAAUCUUACGUACCGAUUUUCCUGCAACAAAAUUGCUUCUUGAGCAUACAAAAAUAUAUGUUCAUUCGGAUCCUCUCGAAACACACACGAGUAUUAGUUUACCAUUAUCAUCGAUUACACAAAUUUUCUGCACGCGUCCUGAUCAUUCAUCUGCAACAGAUCGAUAUAUUGCUGUCGAAAAUCUAAAGUGUCAAGGUUUUGGGGGUCUUCAAGCUUUUCCUAAUUUGAAUUGUCUAACAUUAUUUGAUACAUCAGACACACUUCCAACAACAUCAAAUGAAAUUACCAAUCUUAAGUAUCUUACACAUUUAACCCUCAGCAAAAUUAGUCUUACGAAUAUAGAUGCAUUGUUUUCCCAACUAAAAAGCGCUACUCAAUGUCUUCGAUCGCUUGCCAUAACAAAUAAUAUAGUUUUCCAAUGUUUUCUCCAACAACAUACUUGGAAAAGUAUUCAGGAAUUUCAGCUUUCUACUAAGGAAAUUAAGGAUGUCGAUAUUAUUGAACGCUUAGCUAUUAUAUUGCCUGAUCUACGCUUUCUACGCCUUGGGCGGGUGAAAUAUGAUGAUUAUUAUAAGAUUUUAUGUGACACACUUAAGUAUUGCCGAAAUCUUAUUGGAUUUAAAACUUAUUUUCUAAUUUUAAAACAUGGCGAGACAAAUGAUGUACGUACUGCAUUUAUUGAAUAUCUCGACGAAUUGUUAUUAUACUACACGAGUCUCACUAUUGGAACCUACAAAGCUACUUUUGAUGAAGUGAAUGACACGUUGACUUUAUGGUUAUAA